CUCUCUCUCUAUCUCUUAAAUUUGGUUUGUAAGCUUGCAGAUGAGACAUGGAGUUGGGUUUGAGCUUAGGUGAUGCACCAUCCAAAGCUACUGACGGAUUUACCGCCUCCACCACCACCACCACACCGGUGAACAAGAGUCUAGGAUUCUGCAUGGCCUUAGGGAUGAACCCAUCAAAUGGAACCACAAAUAAAGGUUUCCCGGAGAAACCACAGAUUCAAGAUGAUCAAGAUGAUGGCGAUGAACAUGAUGAUGACGAUGAUGAUGAUGAAGAACACGAGAAAGAUAAUCAACGGAUUUUGAAAGAAAACGGAGGAAUCAAAGAAAUGAUUGUUAGUAGUCAAAGAAUCUGUUCACUGAAUCCGCCGGUUCAGCUUGAUCUACUCCCUUCUGCACCUGUUCCUCGUCAUACCCCUUUUCCAUGGUCCUCUGACAACGGAAGUUCAGAGGGUGGUUCGUCGGGAAAUGCGGCGGCGGGGAGAGGGUUCGAUGUGAAACGCAUGCCGGCAGCUGUGGGGACGGAGGAGGCGACCUCAUCAUUCCGGUUGGAUUUCAUGAGUUACAGAAGAACCGGAAACGUCAAUGGUGGGAGCAAGAACAAUAAGAGGGGUUUUGAGAUAGGAAACGAGGCCAUCGAAGUGGAAAGAGCUUCUUCUAGGGCUAGCGAUGAAGAUGAAAACGGAAUUUCCAGAAAAAAACUCCGAUUAUCGAAAGAACAAUCUGCUUAUUUAGAAGAAAGCUUUAAGGAACACAAUACCCUUAAUCCUCAGAAACAGAAGCUUGCGCUUGCAGAACAGCUUAAUCUUAGGCCUCGACAGGUUGAAGUCUGGUUUCAGAAUAGAAGAGCAAGGACAAAGCUGAAGCAAACUGAGGUGGACUACGAGUACUUGAAGAGGUGUUGUGAAACCCUAACGGAUGAAAACAGAAGGUUACACAAAGAGCUUCAAGAACUUCGAGCUCUAAAAACCAGUUCAAAUCCAUUUUACAGACAACUGCCAGCGACAACCCUGACGAUGUGCCCGUCGUGUGAGCGUGUGGCCACCACCUCAGCUCCGCCACCCUCCGCCACCUUGUCCAAGCAGGUGGAGCAAAACUCAAAGAAAGCAAGUACAACCCCCUUAACUCUCUCGGCAAAACCAAGAUCAUUAAUUUUCCCGGUGUCCCACGCGCCACCGUGUAAUAACUCCCAUCACCAGCCUGCAGCACCCUCAUGAAUAAGAGGGAGAAAGUAGAGAAAGAAGACAAUAGUCCAUUAAUUAUGUACAUAUACUUCAAGCUUUAGUUUUGAAUCUUGUUGGAUUUUGUGAUUUAGGUUUGAAAGACAGGAAAUAGAAGAUCGUAUGAAAAGAUGUGGAGGAGGAUCAUUUUAUUAUAAGGAAGAAAAAGUUUUUUUUUUUAUUUUUUAUUUUUAUUAUUAUUUUUAAUUUU